AUGGGAUUUGCCUCGAGCAUUAUUGGCACUCGAGAACUUGCAACGGCAGCCUCAGUGAUGCUAUCAGUAGGAGCAUUCACCUUGAUAACGGCUCCUCUUGGCCUGCUUUCAGCGGUGGCGGUAUAUCCAUCAGUGACGCUGACGUAUAUGAUAUUGGCCUUCUUCAUGUGUCUUGUCAGUGUCGUCGGUGGAUGGUUCAGCUAUCAGCUCUACAAUGAGACGGACUCCGGAGUGGUUUUGAAGUGGAUGAACUACAGCUUAUUAUCUGAGUACGGUAACCCCUUCGCAAACGACUUGACGCUCUCUUGGGAUGAGUUGCAUGAAAAGUAUGGCUGCUGUGGGAUCACAGAUGAGAAUGGUGCUGUAGAAUGGCAAAACUCUCAGUGGUUCAUAACUUACGAUCGAUGGCCAAGACCACGAACUCCUGAAAGCUGUUGUCCGACAUGUGAAACAAAGGUGAGUGUCGGAUGUUACGAUCCGUUGCUCAGUGAUUUGCAGUACUAUUCCCUUGGUAUCGUGCUGAUCUCGUCCGUUAUGGCUUUUCUAUGUUUGAUUAAUGCUGGUUUAUGUUUUCUCGUCCACGAAUCAUCACUCAGUCAUCAUUACCAUGACGAGGCUCUUCUUCUGUGA